AUGGUGGGAGAAUUGAAUGACAUUGAAAAUCCUGGAAAUGAGGAGAAGGAGACUAAAACAGCAAGCACCAGGCACAGGACGGGAGAGACGAGUUCUUUAGGAGCAGUUUUGAUCUACCUCAUGGGCCCAAGAUUUUUGAUUUAUGUAAGCUGUGCCUUAUCAAUAUGGGGAGACCGAAUGUGGCACUUUGCCAUGUCUGUGUUCCUGAUAGAAUUAUAUGGACAUAAUCUUCUUCUAACAGCAGUGUUUGGCUUAGUGGUGGCUGGAUCUGUACUAAUAUUUGGGGUCUUAAUUGGUGACUGGAUCGACAGGAAACCAAGAAAUAAAGUUGCUCAUGCCUCGCUCUUCAUUCAGAACACCUCUGUCACCGUCUGCUGUGUGCUCCUCAUGCUCUUGUUCUCCUACCGAAGGGAGAUGGAACAAAUCUGGCAUGGCUGGUUCACUGUGGCCUGCUACACAGUGCUGAUCACCCUGGCAGCCGUGGCGAACCUGGCUGGCACAGCACUGACCAUCACCAUUCAGAGGGACUGGAUUGUGAGCCUCACAGGUGGCAACAGAGGCCAGCUGGCUGGGAUGAAUGCAGCAGUCCGGCGGCUGGACCAGAUCAUCAAUAUAUUUGCCCCCCUGUCUGUGGGCCAGGUGAUGACAUGGGCAUCUCAUGUGAUCGGUUGUGGUUUCAUUCUUGGAUGGAACUUGGUUUCACUUCUUGUAGAGUUUCUAUUUCUGUCUAGGGUUUAUCAACUAGUUCCCCAAUUGGCUGUAAAACCCCAUCAACAAACAUGGGGGCACUUCCUAGAAAGGCAACAGGAAGCUGUGAACAUUCAAGGUGAAAUGGACUCUUGGGAAACCACUGAUGAAUUUAUUAACAAACCCAGAACUUCAAAAGAACCAAAGGACAGCAGGUCUCACCUUGAAGGACAACAGGUCACAACCGAAAGGUUUCUUCUUUGCCUUCGAAACACGCGGAGGCUGCUGCACACGUGCCGGGAGGGCUGGGAGACCUACUGCCGGCAGACCAUCUUCCUGCCCGGCCUGGGCUUGGCCUUCCUCUACAUGACUGUGCUGGGCUUCGACUGCAUCACUACCGGCUACGCCUACACCCAAGGGAUUGGAGGGUCCCUGCUCAGCAUCCUCACUGCCCUUUCGGCUUUAUCUGGCCUGAUGGGCACGAUUCUCUUCACCUGGCUCCGGAGGCAUUAUGGCUUGGUCACCACGGGAGUCAUAUCCAGCUGGCUCCACAUAGGUUGUCUAACACUCUGCGUGUUUUCUGUCUUUGCUCCUGGAAGUCCCUUUGAUAUGGCCAUUCUCUCAUUUCCAUUAAGCAAGAACUCUUCUUCAAAUCAUGAGUUGCUAAAAGGCAAACAGGUACAUGUUUACCCCUUUGAAAGAAACCUGAACCAACCCAUCCUCCCAGACCGUUCUUCCAUCCACUGGACCAACAGCACAGUUCUGUUUGAUGGGCAGCAGGACCCUGAGCAGCCGGAGUCUUAUGUCUCCAUUGUCUUGCUCUUCUCUGGCGUGAUCCUGGCAAGAAUCGGCCUCUGGUCCUUUGACCUCACUGUGACCCAGCUCCUCCAGGAGAACAUUCCAGAAGCAGAGCGAGGGGCUGUCAAUGGUGUGCAGUGCUCCCUGAACUAUCUCAUGGACCUCAUCCACUUCAUCCUCGUCAUGCUGGCCCCGCGGCCGCAGCAGUUUGGCAUGCUAGUCUUCAUCUCCAUGCUGUUUGUAACCACGGGGCACGUGUUGUAUUUUUUUUAUGCAAGAAAGUGUAAGAUUAAAAAUGCCCAGGUGAAUAAGACAACGAAGAAGGGCACUUGGACACCUUUAAGCUGA